AUGUAUCGCCAGGGGGCUCUCCCGCGUCCAACAUCUCUCGCCGUGUUCAGAAAUGGAACCAAGCAAUUAUGCUCAACACCUGGGCAUGAAGGUAUACGACAACCCGCCAUCCCGUUCAAAAUUGCCGAAUUGGUCAAAGGUCUUGUGCUGAGUUGGCCUUUCAUGACAAGGCACGAAGGUGUUGGCAUGAAAUACCCCUCACAAUGGCUAGAACAAUUCCCACUCCCACACUUAACUGUAACUGGCGUAGCGCAUGAUGGCAUGUCAGAUCCGCAAUCCGAUCACUCGCCACGCGCUAUUGGUUCAGAGAUAUACACAAGUACCGGCAUCAUAAUACUUGCGACUGUUGGUGGCAUCAAGAAACAAACAUUUCCUGAAUUCUACUCGAAUGCUUCAAACGAGACAAAAAAGCCAAGCCAAGAAAAAAAAAGGUCAUAG